GCCAACCAUCUUCAACUGAACCUUCACGUCAAGGCCGUCACUCGCUUAGAUAUAUCGAGGAGGCAGAGAAGGAGGGGUGCUGGGUGACUCAAGGAUAACAUUUGCACUCUUCUUCGUAGGAAAUAGAAGAGCUUCGAGCAUGGCGUACCAGUUCAGCAGGAAAGGGUGCUUCAAGUGUGGGAAUUACUACCCUUUUCACAAGUGGGGCAUAUUGCCGAGAGCUGCUCUUCGGAGCAACGUCUCUGCUAUAAUUGUCGCCAGCCUGGUCACGAAUCUUCUGCUUGUCCGUCACCUCGUUCGGUCUCUGCUAAGCAGUGCUACUCUUGCGGCGGAGUCGGACACAUACAAGGUCGCCGAAUGCCCCAGUUUGAGAAUUCAGUCUGGUCAGAAGUGCUACGUGAGACCCGUUAAUUGUGGACGCUUCGGCCACAUAGCCAGGAUGUGCAGCGGAACUUCCACCGGAUUUUUCCGCCCUCCUCCCCCCGGCCGGGCUUUAAACACAGACGUAUUUCGUUCUGUGAAAUGCUACCGAUGCGGAGGCCCUAACCAUAUGGCGAAAGACUGUCUCGCUCCUGCCAGCAACGACCUGGCGCCAGGCCCGAAGAAAACCUGUUACAAGUGUCACCAAGAAGGCCACAUUGCGAGAGAGUGUCCUGAAAAUGUCCGAAUCACCGAGGGGUUUGAUGCGACUGCUUGCUCGACUAUCCCCGUCAUGUUGCGGGUAGCUCGAGCGUCGGUCUCAAGGAUUGAAGCAACACGCAGCCCGAAAAGGCACCUUUUCUCCUUACCCGACCUCUCGACUAUUCUCCCUGGCGGAACGAGUCGACAAACCUAUCAGGAACAGAAAGUGCUUCCUUACACGCGUGCUCAACUCUAUGACGUCGUUUCCGACGUUUCUUCCUAUCGACACUUCAUUCCGUUCUGCACCUCGUCAACAAUCCUUAACCGCUCGAAAGGGACACCGCUUGUGUUAGAAGCAGAGUUGACUGUGCAGUUCCUUGCUCUUAAGGAAAGCUAUGUGAGCAGGGUCACUUGUGUGCCGCUCGAGUCCGUGGAGGCAGUCGCGUCGUCCGCAACCCCACUAUUCAAAGAGUUGAAAACUACCUGGCGCUUUGCGCCAGCACCGAGCGAAUCGCCGCACGCAACCUUGGUUCGUUUGGAUCUCGCGUAUGAAUUUGCAAGUCCCAUCCACGCUGCUGUAUCAUCCUCUUUCUUCGGGCAAGUCUCAAAGCUUAUGGUGGAAGCAUUCGAACGUCGUUGUGGCGACAUAUAUAGCAGAAAUCAUUAAUAGAUUGGAGCGACAA